GUUACGUCAGACAAAUUGCAAGUUCUGUGAUUAUGUAAAUAUUGAAAUUCACUUAUAUUAUUGUAAAUAUCAUAUGGAUAUUACGUAUUAAUAGGAAAAGACAAAGACAUUUUAUACCGCUAUUUGUUGGUCGAGUCAUCCAAUUUCCAAAUCAGCUGGUGCUUCCGAACUCCGAUUGUUGACGGGCGUUUGAAUUUUUACCUUUUCGAAUGAAAGACUGAAAUUUUGAUUUUAUUACUUAGAUAAAGUGACAGAUUUUAACCGGACGCACAAUUUCUACAUAAGUUUUUAGAGUAAAUCAUGCAUACAGAUACUCCUCCCUUUUCUUCAGACAUGGCUAAUCAAAUAAAUGAGGAAGAUAUGAUAUACAUAGGAGAUGUAGAAGAAGUGAUAGAUGAUGAAGAGGAUGCGAUGGAGGAGGAUCCUUCAGAAGAAGGAGAUGCAAUUUGUGUUUUUAGUAGUCACGAAAUAGGUUCUGUCUUUUGUGGUUCUUUGAAUAAAAAUGGAAAACUAGCUACUACAGGUGGAGAAGAAGAUAAGGCUUACAUUUGGGAUACAUCGUCAGGAGAAAUCAUUUUGGACUGUACAGGUCACAAAGAUAGUAUUAUCUUUUCAGCAUUUAAUCACGAUGAAUCAUAUUUAGCCACUGGAGAUAUGAGUGGAAUGAUACAAGUUUGGAAAUUAGCUGAUAAAACUAAAAUUUGGGAUUACAAUAUGGGAGAUGCCACUUGGAUGAUGUGGCACACAGUUGCAAAUAUUUUAUUAGCAGGGUCUGUUGAUGGGGAAAUAUAUAUGUGGAAAAUACCUGAUGGAGAUUGUAAAGUUUUCCAGGGAUAUGGUUGUCGGGCAGAGACUGGUUCAAUAUUUCCAGAUGGCAAGCGUAUAGCAGUAGGUUAUGAAGAUGGAGUUAUUAGAAUACUAGAUCUAAAAACAAGUUCGGUGUUGUCAUCUAUAUCUUCUGCAUUAGGUCAUUCUUCUACUAUAACCACCAUUGAUUGUCAUUGGGAUAACAAUUUAAUACUUUCUGCAGCUGUAGAUGGCAAAACUAUAAUCAGCACGUCAAAUACAGGGAAGAUAGUUUCCAUCCUGCAAAAUCUUAAUAACGGUGAGCACAAUAAUGUUACGAAUAAUGAUCAAAGUGCUGUAAGUAGCGAAGGAAACAGGGAUAGCAAUUGGGUAGAAACAGCAGCCUUUUGUAAAAAUCCUGCAUUUCAAGUUGCUGCAACUGGUACAGUUAAUGGUGAAAUCUUUAUCUGGGAUAUCUCAAAACAGAUGCUUAGACAAAAGAUAGAGCAAGAAAGUGGUAUAUCUAAACUUCUAUGGAAGGGAAAUACGACUCUAUUAUUUUCGGCGGGACUAGAUGGUAUUCUGAGGUGUUUUGACGGAAAAGAUGGUCUACGUUUACGUUCUUUCUUUGGACACAUGGCAGAUAUUCUUGACUUAUAUAUAUCUGAAAAUGGAGAAAAAGCACUGACAACAUCUGAUGAUUCUACAGCUAGAAUCUUUGAUAUUUCAUCUUUAUCUUAACAAAAUUUAUUAGAUAGAUAACAAUUAUAAAUCUUUGUUAUUAUCUAAAAAUAUAUGUACAUUUUAUCAAAGUUGUUCAUAUAUCGUGCUUAGUUUUCUUUUUUAAUUAAAAAUAAAGUUUAUUUAUUUUUAUCUGACA